GAGAGCCACUUUGCAUCAGCAGCACCAUGCUCCAGUGCUCUGGGAGAGUUUAUAGUCCUGAGAGUUGAACACUGGAUGACUGACAGCUGUCCUUCAUGACAACAGAAGCCACAGAAAUCCUCCUCAUCAAAAACAUGACUUUGAUCUCCGUCCUCAUCUGGACUCUCCUCUGCUGCUGCUUCACAGAGUCCAGAGGCCAGAUCACAGUGACUCAGCCCACAGAAAUCCUCCUCAUCAAAAACAUGACUUUGAUCUCCGUCCUCAUCUGGACUCUCCUCUGCUGCUGCCUCACAGAGUCCAGAGGCCAGAUCACAGUGACUCAGUCUGCAGCAGUGAGAUCUGAACUGAGAGGAUCUGCAACCAUCAACUGUAGGAGCAGUGAGACAGUUGGUUCUUUAUCCUGGUACCAACAGAGAGAUGGAAAAGCUCCGAAACUGCUCAUGUACUGGAUUUCCCAUAGACCAUCAGGGAUUCCAGGUCGUUUUUCAGGCAGUGGAUCAAAUUCUGACUUCACUCUGACCAUCAGUGGAGUUCAGGCUGAAGAUGCAGCAGUUUAUUAUUGUCUGUGUUAUAAUGAAAUCAACAGUCAGCUGUGGUUCACGUUCGGUGGAGGAACCAGACUGGAUGUUGGAAGUGAUGUCCGUCCCACCCUGACGGUGCUGCCCCCCUCCAGCCAGGAGCUGCAGCAGGGGAAGGCCACGCUCACGUGUCUGGCCAACAAGGGCUUCCCCUCAGACUGGAGUCUGGCCUGGAAGGUGGACGGCAGCAGCAGCAGCAGCAGCAGCAGCAGCUGGGAGCAGAGCAGGAGCCCCGGGGUGCUGCAACAGGACGGCCACUACAGCUGGAGCAGCACCCUGAGGCUCACUGCAGACCAGUGGAGGAAGGUGGGCUCUGUGACCUGUGAGGCCACCCAGGGCUCCCAGUCUCCACUCUCAGAGACACUGAGGAGAGACCAGUGUUCCCAGUCCUGACCUGACUCACUGGGACUCUGCUACUGGUUUUACUCUGCUACUGCUCUCAC